AUGUAUAUUUUUCCUUUAGGUAUUUCUUUAUUUCAAUACAAUAUUAUCGAACACAACAUAUUGUGUGGAAAAUCAGUAGCAUCUGAUCUUUCUUUCGCAGUGAUCUAUCCAUGGUUAAACAUUUCUGUUGAUCAGCUAGAGAAAGUUGCUCAAGAAUCGAUUGAUCGAACGAGAAAAGGAAAUAAAAUGCAUUCUGUCGAUGAUGAAACCAAUCGAACAUUGAUUUCGUCGGAUAAUGCUCUCAGUGUUGCUCAGUCAUCAAUGCCUGUUGCUCUUCUUCAAAUUCCACCUUCAACAAAUGCACCUCAGCAACAGUUACCGCCUUAUCAAAGACGUCAACCACCUCCUCCUCCUCAUCAUCAUCACCCUGUCACUCACUCCGCCCAUGGUCGUCGUCGUACUCCAAGUCCUGUUUCUCGUCGAAAUCAAGCCAAUCAUCAUGCGGAACUCGACCCACGAACAUACUAA